GGCACAGAGCCAUACGGAGACGCUCCUGGUUCCAGGGUGUGCCAUGCCGGGAAUGCUUGCCUUUGGUGUGGUGCCAGCCACAGAGAGCCGUGGCCAUGGGGCGCGGCGCGGGGCUGGCACCCCCGGGAUCACUGCUGGCUGCUCCCCGGCACCCGUCGCACCGCCGAGCGAGCGGGGUGCCCCCCGGCCGUGGCCCCAGCGUGGCCGGAUCCCCGGUCCCCCGGCAGGAAUGUGUUGGGGAGGCCCGGCCUCCCGCCCGGUCGGCUUCCUCUUUUGCAGCUAUUUAAGGCCGGUUGCCGACACGUCCCCCGCAGCGGCCGGGCCAUGGAGCGGAUGGAGGUGACCGAGACCUUCGCCGGCAUCUCCCUGCCCGGCCACCUCCACACCCAGGAGUCGCUCGGCUUCGCCGCCACCUUCCCCUUCCGCCCCACCGACGUGGUCAUCGCCACCUACCCCAAAUCGGGCACCACGUGGAUGCAGGAGAUCCUGACGCUGCUGUUCAGCCGCGGGGACGUCCUGCCAGCCAAGACCAUCCCCAACUGGGAGCGGGCGCCCUGGCUGGAGCAGAUCUACUUCAGGGAUGCGCUGCAGGACACGGCCGCCCGCCGGCUCAUCACCACCCACCUCCCCGCCCGCAUCCUGGCCCCUGCCCUGCAGCAGAGCAAGGCCAAGGUGAUCUACGUGGCCAGGAACCCCAAGGACGUCGCCGUCUCCUUCUAUCACUUCCACCGCCUGGCCAAGUUCCUGCCCGACCCCGGCUCCUUCGACACCUUCCUCACACGGUUCCUUGAGGGCACGGUGCACUACGGCUCCUGGUUCGACCACGUCAAGGGCUGGCUGGGUCAGCGGCAGCUCCUGGACAUAUUCUACGUCACCUACGAGGAGCUGCACCAGGACCUGCGCGGCACGGCGCAGCGGCUCGGUGCCUUCCUGGGCUGCCCGCUCGGUCCGGAGACACUGGGAGCCCUGGAGCAGCACUGCAGCUUCGUCGCCAUGCGGGACAACGCCAUGGCCAACUACUCCCUCAUCCCCUCCGAGAUCAUGGACCACAGCCAGGGAUGCUUCAUGAGGAAAGGAGGAGAUGGGCGACGUGGAGCUGCCGCUGUGCUGGCCCAUGGCCUGAGGGGCCGGCCGGGCUGGGGGGGGGGGGCCAGCGGCGCUCGGCCCUGCUGCUGCACAACGCGACCGGCCCCCCCACCCCCGCCAAACCCCACUGCAGGGGGGGGGGGCACCCUGUGUGCGGAGCCCCCAGCACCCCCCCGUAACUUAUACACCCCCGUGCAUCGCCCUGGGGGGGCCGGGGCUGGAGGGGGGGGCCAGCAGCUGCAUGACACCCCCCCGGGGCCGGGGAACUUUACCGGCCGCACAUUGCGGCCAUCCCCGUGGCCUUCCUUCCCCUGCGGCAGGGGUGCGUGGCCGUGACCCCCCCCUUCCGCCCAGCCCACCCUGUGGAAAUAAAUAUUUAUUGCCAUU